GGUUGAGAGCGUUGACGAAUAGUAAUCAGCGACACAAUUCUUUAUUACGAUAAGCAAGAUCGAAUGAAAAUUUUCAACUUCUAAAGAAAGAAUUCCGCUUCUACGACGUCUGGGACAAUUUGCACACAAGUUUGCAGGUGUAUUUCUCUUGGUAAGUUACGAAUCGUGUAAGACAAUGAAAUACAGUACUGUGCAAAAGUAAAAGCGAAGUGUUCGAUCGAUGAGGCAACAUUGCGCUGCUCGGCGAAUUUUUCAUCACUCUGAUACUGUCUGAGUGAGUAGGAAAGUAAACCUAGUGUAUCAUUCCAUUCGAAGUCUGUUUAAUCAGCGUGAAAAGGGUAGUAUAAUGAAUUUAAGCCAGUUUCGCUACAUACAGAGUCGGCUAUGGUCGAAGUUUGCCUCACGUUCGCUGUACAUUAGUUAAGCAAGUUCGCUACUGCACAAAAUAAAACAAAUUAUAAGAAAGCCUAUAUUCAUUUUGAUACUAUCGAACAAACGAGAAUAGCGAGAGCGAGAAAAAGACAGCUUGUGAAAACGGUACUAAGGGAGGGUGCAAGGUUACUUUUUUUAACGCGUUGCGAUGUGUUAUUGCAUCCCCAUGGAAACCAAUCUGUAUUUGUAUAUAAUGUACCCGCGGGAUACUACCGCGUAAUCAUGCCGAAGGUUACUUCACAUACGAGAAAAAAAAAUUGCUUGUCUCCAUAAGGAAGGAUUUUUUCCCGUACAAAUAUUGAAAGCCUUGAGACGCGAAAAUCUACAGGAUCAUCAACAAAAUACAGAAAACUGGAUCCACUGAAAACCGCCUUCGAUCAGGAAGGCCGACAAAGCUUCCAGUAGAUGCGAAAGCUUUUAUUGAAAAGCAAAUGUGUAUAAACGACGAGGCAACAAGCAUACAGAUUCCAAAACAACUGGCCAAGCGUGGAAUCGUUGUGAACUCCUCCGCUGUGCGAAGAUCGCGAGCCAAAUAGGGAUGGACGCUGCAGCGCAUCCAUUACUGUCAACUGAUAAGAGUAGCUAAUACGGAGAAAAGACUAGAGUACGCACAACAAAUCCUGGAUUCCGGUGUUGCAUUCCAUAAUGUCAUAUUCUCUGAUGAAUGCUCAGUCUCGCUGGAACAAUACAGACGUACAUACUACCGAAAGGUCCACGAGCCAUUCAAAAGAAAACCGAGGCCUAAACAUUCACUUAAAGUACACGUAUGGGAAGGAAUCAGCAGAAAGGGAGCUACUAAAGUGUGCAUAUUCGAUGGUAUAAUGGAUGCAGAACUGUACUGCCGUAUUCUGGAGACAACCCUUCUACCAUUCAUCAAUCAGACGCUACUAGACCACAGAUUUGUGCAGGAUAAUGAUCCCAACAUACGACAAGAUGAGCGAGGGCCUUCUUCGAGGAGAAUGAUAUAAACUGGUUGCGUACUCCCCCAGAGAGUCCGGAUUUAAAUCCCAUCGAGAAUUAGGCACGAACUGAAAUUUUACUUAGAAUCGAAAGUGAAACCGUGAAACAAACAAGAACUGGUUGACGGAAUAAAGGCGUUUUGGGCUGAGAGGGUGACGGAAGAGAAAUUCGUUAAGCACAUCGACCAUGAUCUCAAGAAAGUCGUGAAAGUUGCCUUUUAUUUACCCUAGUAUUUUACGCAUACAAAACCUUAAGAUUGUUGAUAAAUUUAACAAACAGACAAACAAGAAUAAUGGCACUUUUAUGACCCGUUCUCUUAAACAAUAAACAACAGACUACUCAUGCAUAGCCUUCAUACCAUCAAUUCCUUUUUUUUUUUUUUUUUUUUUGUGCGCAUGAGACCAAAACCGAGACAAAACUUUGUUUCAAUUGAACCUCGCCCUUCCCAAAAAAACAGUAUGGUUAAUUAAGGGCUGACAGAAUCGGGCAUCGAUAUUCCUUGUUUCCUUGCUUAUUCUUUGCAAGUGCCACAAAAACUAAAGCGUGUAUGCAUAUUUCAUUAAUCUCAAAAACAAGAAUUUUAGCACUUUCAAAUUACCCGUCUACUCACAUAACAAUCAAAGGACUGAAAUUAGCCCACGGUUCCAUUAACUCUAUCAAAGUCGCUUUAUCACGCCUUUUGUUCACAUCCUUUCGCGUGUAGUUAAUUUAAAUAUGAAAAGCUCUCAUGAAGCCUACGCCUCUAUUGUUAUGGAGAACAAACCACCAAGUAGGAACCAGUCAUCUGAUAAAAAUCUCGAUCCAUCUACGGGCUUCGAUUGCUAUAAAAGGGGAAAGCUUAAUUUAUUCAACAUAGAUAGUUUUCAUCAUAGCACAUAGAACCAAAAUGGAAAAAAAUAAUUGAAGAAAAAUCGUUUCAGUAAAGUGGAGCCGAAGUCGGUAUUCUGAAGUGUCUCCAUCGGACAUAGCUAUAAAAGGUAUGCUAAAGAAAGUUUGUUAUUUUACUUGGAUGAAAUGUGUAAUGUUCUCCAACCAAAUUGUUUUUAUGUUGUUUUGUUUUGUUUUGCUUUUAUGAUCUGUAUGUUGUACUGGUAAGAAACACCCUCCCCCACCCCCUUCCCCCUUGCGCUGCGACAAUUAAUGCUUUGUUUUUCUGAGGUUUUUUUCGGUUUUUCUUUUCUUUUUAGCUGAGGUGAUCAAGGCCUGUUCUUACCAGUGCCGCAGAACUGACGAAACGAGCUGCAUGUGGGAUACGUGUAAAGUUAGCACCAGAAAACGCUGCCAGCAUUGCGAAAAAAUGAAAAGGAAAAGCGUCCAUACUAAACUGAUCUUGAUUCACCAAUUUCAUCCUAAGGCGUAGUGAACAGUACUUUAAUAAAAUCAUUUGUUUAAUUAAAUCAUUUGUUUAAUUAAAUCAUUUGUUUAAUUAAAUCAUUUGUUUAAUUAAAUCAUUUGUUUAAUUAAAUCAUUUGUUUAAUUAAAUCAUUUGUUUAAUUAAAUCAUUUGUUUAAUUAAAUCAUUUGUUUAAUUAAAUCAUUUGUUUAAUUAAAUCAUUUGUUUAAUUAAAUCAUUUGUUUAAUUAAAUCAUUUGUUUAAUUAAAUCAUUUGUUUAAUUAAAUCAUUUGUUUAAUUAAAUCAUUUGUUUAAUUAAAUCAUUUGUUUAAUUAAAUCAUUUGUUUAAUUAAAUCAUUUGUUUAAUAAAAUAACGUCUUUUUUCGAAUAUUAAAUCUAAAUAUUUCCCUUGAGGCCUGCCUCCUUUCACAAUGCUGCAACGAGCUUCAAAUAAAGCCCCAUUUUAAACUGGCUACAUUUAGUAUAAUACAUGUACCUAUUGACUACCCUUUCAUUGAAUGUUACCUUUGCAGACGCACUUAAACAACAUUAACAACUUACAUAUACCAAAACAUAAUGGGGGAGGAAUCUGAAAAAACUUAUAAUUAUUUCGCUUGAAGGGGAUAUAGAAGACAAGCACUUCUCGCCAUGAGAAAACUCGCUCAGGCGAUACAUAGCCAGAACGAUAUAUCGCAAUGAAUCAUUCCUGAUUCAGCGAUAAAUCGCUGGAGCGAUAUUUCACUGAAGCGAUAUAUCUUGAUGAUGUUCUGCACGCUCUACGAUAUAUCGUUUUAGCGAUAUAUCGCCGGAGGGAUGUAUCGUUGAAACGAUUUAUCGUCGGAACGAGAUAUUGCAGGAGAGCUCCGAUAUCUCGUCGAUUUAUCGUUCUUAAGGUGUCAAGGAAAUGAACGAUAUAUCGGUGAUAUAUCGGAAGAACAAAGCGCGAUAAACAACGAUAAUCGUUUGCAUUACUUUUGCACAGUACUAUAGGAAUAAUGUGUGUCAAGUUUUGGUUUUGGCUCCCCUCUUAAUACUUAGGCCUCUCUAUGCGGUCGAAUUUUCGUGUUAUCAAAUUCACAAUUGAGGAAAUAUAGUAGAAGUAGAGACCAGGGAGCACAUGGGAAAACCGAAUAGGGUAUGAGAUCCGUCAGCGUUUCUUCCGCAAACCAUCUAAAAAUGGCUUAAAUCGCAAAAGAGAAAACCUCUAAGUCCUUCUUUAAUAAAGGGAGUAAGUUUCCCAAAUAAACUGUGGUGCUGCGUCAGAUUCUCAACACGAUUAUCUUCUAGGACUUCUUGUCAAAGGAAAGUAAAGGAAAUAUGUCGAGCUCAGAAAAACAAUAUUCGCAAGUUUCAUCAGGAGAUGACUCAGAGUGUUUGUCUAGCGCCUCGGAGGGUAGUUUUGUAUCGGCAAUAAGGGUUUUGCACCAUACGAAGAAAGUGUCGAACCGACAGCAAACGAAGGAGAAGCUGGGCAAUACGCGAUGUAAGUCGCUGUAGAGGAGGAAGAAGAAGAAGAAGAUCUUCUCCGAAGAUUCUUUGGUGAAGUCGACGUCAGAGAAUGGUUUGUAGCUAGGCUUUUUCUAUUGUAUAAAUUAUUUGUAUUUAUUCGGAAACGCGCAAUUCUAAUCACCUAUAUGGACCUCAUUUAUAUUUACAGAUUUUUUGCGAUCUGUGGCCUACAGACAAUUUGUACGUAUAGUUUGGGCAUAUGUUGGCAUGUCAAACAGAUUUCCUCUUCCUUGCUGUGUGUACAGUGUAAUGAGAUCUGCCUUUCCCAUAGCUGAAGAUGAGUAUCAUAGUUGUGGGGAAGAAGAUGAGGAUGAAUUAUAAUGUAGUGAAGUAUAAACACUUCAUUAUUUUCAAUGAAAAGAUGACGUUACUCGUUUCAACCUUCCAAACGGAUGAUAAAAGUUGUUUUACGGGAAAAUUGUGAGGUUUCAACAAACAUUGUCAUUCAAAGACUAGGUUUCACAAUAUUUAUGUCCUUACUGUUUACUUGAUGUUGUCGCGUUUGGAAAAAGUUUACAGAAAGUCUAUAUGUAUAUGUUACACACUCAAAUCACCAGAUUAAUUAAACACAAGGUUGUAUUUAUUCGAAAACUCCGAGCACAUGCUUUUCUGUUUUUUUUCCCGACACCCUUUGUGGUUCAUGAACUCAACAAAACAUGUCACGCACUCUACACACUUCCCCGCCGAAAAUGAAAGUGUUCUUCUAAAUAUUACAAAACUAUUUAUCAGAGUUCUCUGCAGCUACUGUAAUUGUUGUUUGACGUUGUCUCCUUCAGCACCUUGCGUGCUUUUGAUUUUCUUUUUUUUUUUUUUUUUUUUUUUUUUUUUUUUGUUUUAAUGUUUGGGUCUUAUAAGAGGCUCCUCUCAAGCCCUCGGGUAGUAGACAGGUUGGAAACAGCAUGGCCACACCCAGAAAUACAGGGUAUUCCCGGAUGAAUAGCUGUGAUAGCUGGAGUUUGAAUGGCGUUAACGCGUGAACUGCUGAAUACUGGCUCAGCCGACUGGUACUGUGGAUUUCCCAGGGAGUUGUAAGUUAAGAUCUGCGGCGGUCUCCUUUGGCGCUGCGGCCGAGUCCACAUGUCCUGCUCAGCAAUGUCCUCUCCCUCUGAUCCGUCAUUGUCAGCACUUCCUUCAUUUGCAAGUUGUAUUUCGCUGGAUGGCCCAUUGGUGCCCUCAGUAGUCGCAGAAUCCUCAAUUGACUCUGAAGGCAAAUCGCGUCCUGGAGACACUGAGUUUGAAGUUCUUACUUCAGUAGGUAUUUCCUCUACAAGGUCCACACUACCGAAAUCAUCAUCAUCUUUCCCCGAAUUCUGUAGGUCAUUUCCCGAAACAGACAAAGGUCGUUUCUCUACUGCUGAUUUUGGGGUCGCGUACCAAAUCCCAGGUUUGGGGCAUCUGCUUCCAAAGCGUCACAAGGCAGUAGUAAAUUCCGGUGAAGCACUCUUGCGCGGCCACCUCCACUCUCGGGCUUAACUUUGUAGACUGGGCUUUGAGCCCCAUUCGUUCAACCACAACGUGGAUAGCGCACUCCCAAUGGGAUCGUAAUUUUCCGGGUCCACCGCGCUCUGUUAAGUUUCUAACUAGCACCCGAUCGCCUGGCUGAAGAACGCCACCUGAGACUCUCUUGUUGUAAUAUUGCUUGCCGCGCUCGGCAGUCUUCUUUGCAUUCUGUUGAGCUAUCCGGUAUGCCUCCUUCAUAUCAUGCUGCCAGUUUUGGACGUAAGUGUUAUAAUCUCCCUCUGCACUCUCUUGAUUCAAAUUGAAAAUCAGGUCGAUGGGCAGGCGGGGUGUUCUUCAAACAACAAGUAAUACGGAGCGUAUCCUGUCGCCUCAUGCUUAGUGCAAUUGUACGCGUGGAUCAUCUUGUUGAGUGAUUCAUCCCACUUUCGUUUCUUCAAAUCUGGGAGUGUUCGCAGCAUAGACAAUAGCGUGCGGUUCAUCCUCUCCACUUGCCCAUUCCCUUGAGGGUGGUAGGGGCUGGUGCGAGACUUGGAAACGCCAGACAACUUAUGUAGUUGAUGGAAGAGAUUGUUCUCAAAUUCUCCUCCUUGAUCACUGUGUAUACGGGCUGGGAAUCCGAAUCGUGGUACAAAGUCAUUGUAAAUCUUUUCAGCCACCGUUCGUGCUGUCUUGUUUCGGGUUGGGUAGGCCUGUGCAAACCUUGUGAAGUGAUCUACUAUCAGCAAAAUGUAUUCAAAUCCCCGUUGGCUUUUCUCCAAAUGAAGAAAGUCUAUAGACACCAUCUCAAAGGGGCAGUCGUCGUAAUGCUCUCCAUUGGUGCUCUAGGGGAGAUUUGGGGCUUCUUUUGCUGGAUGCAGUGACACUUGUUGGCGAUGAAAUACUCGAUUUCCUCUUGCAUGUAAGGCCAAUAGAACCUAGAUCUCGCUAAGUCCACCACUCGAUCUGCACCCAGAUGACCCAUUUCAAUGUGAAGUUCUUGGUAAACCAACUGUUUAAACUUUGUGGGUAAUACUAGCUGCAAUCGACUCUUAGUUUGGCGCCACAGGAUCCCGUCCGCUGAUAUAUGGAGUUUAUUCCAUGCUCUCAAGUAGCAAGAUGUUGUACGAGUCUCAUUUUUUCCGCUCUCCUCCUGAUGGGGAUAUCCCCGUUUCUUGUAGGCCAGGAUUCGUGAGAUGUCGGGGUCUUCCCGUUGAGCCCUUAAUAUUUCUUCUAACGUAAGUUGGCGAAAAACCAAAUCUGUGACGCCCGGUUCUGCGUGAGCAAUGCCAACUCUUGCUGAAACUGCUGCCACCCAGGGUGUGGCGUCUGUUUCCUGAUGGAUCACUGCUUGACUUGUUGCACAAAUUGCGUCCUUUUCCAUUUCUGCAAUACAGGUUUCCAUGUAUGCACUGAAAUCUAGCGGUAGGCGGGAUAGUACAUCCGCGUCAAUGUUAGAUUUGCCAGGCCGAUACUUGAUGUUAAAAUUAAAAUCUGCCAGUUCUGCCACCCACCGGUGCCCUACUGCAGACAACUUAGCUGACGACAGAAUGUAAGUUAGUGGAUUGUUGUCGGUGUAAACAGUGAAGAAGGUGGAGUAGUACAAGUAAUCACGGAACUUCUCAGUUACUGCCCAUUUGAGGGCAAGGAACUCCAAUUUUCCCGCGUGCAUGUGGUAAUUUUUCUCUGCUGGAGUUAGUGUCCUAGAGGCAUAACCUAGAACUCUGAGCUUCCCGUCCUGUUCUUGAUACAAUACAGCUCCAAGUCCCUCUUGCGAGGCGUCUGUGUGAAGUACAAAUGGCUUCGUAAAGUCGGGAAAUGCCAUCACUGGAGGAGAAGUCAGUCGGUCGAUCAGCAUGUCAAGCCGCUUCUGAUGUUCCUCUGUCCAUGUUACCUUAUGAUUAUUAGCCAAUCGAUCAGGGCCAGCCAUUAGAUCGUACAGGGGCUUAGCUAUGCGUGAGAAAUCCUGGAUGUAUUGCCUGUAGUAACUCAGGAACCCUAGCAGUUUACGCACAUCACCCACUGUUGCUGGUUUCUGUUUCGCCAAGUUGUGUACGGCAGCCGUGUCCUCUGGGUCUAGAGAGUAGCCAUCGCCGGAAACAACCCGCCCCAAAUAUCUAACUUGUCGUUGGAAGAACUUGCACUUUGAUGGCUUUAACUUUAUCCCAUGUUCCUGCAGUCGACGCAGGACUUGUUGGACAUCCUGAACGUGUUGCUCAAAGGUCUUACUAUACACCAAGACAUCAUCCAGGUAGGGAAUACAGAUGUUGUCACGUAAGCCAUCUAGACAUUCAUUCAUGCACCUUUGGAAUGCCGCCGGUGCAUUCAUUAGCCCAAACGGUAUUCUAUUCCAUUGAUACAAUCCCCAGGGGGUCACGAAUGCAGUCAGGGGGCGGCUUUCUUCUGUCAUAAAGCCUUGGUGGUAGGCCUUCCCUUGGUCCAGAACUGUAAACCAUUUGUUGCCGCCUAGGCCAUUUAAGAUAUCCUGUAUACGGGGAAUCGGCUGUCGUUCUGGAUAUGUUUUCUUGUUCAAUUCUCGAUAAUCAAUACAAAGUCGCAGACUUCCAUCCUUUUUGCGAACACAGACCAUGGGUGAGGAGUAAGCCGAACGGGACUUGCAGAUCCAAUUUCGAUUAAUCAAGUCUUCUAAGUACUCUUUCACUUCCCCAUAGAGUGGCUUGGGGAUGGAGAUAUAGUUCUUCUGUACUGGCUCAUUGUCCUUUAACUGGAGAUCAAGCACCAAGUUCUCCACGCAGCCAACCUCAUCGUCGUUUCUUGCAAAGGCACCAGCUUCUUGCCGUAGCAUUUCGUGGACGAUCAAUUGUUCAUUGUCUUCUAGCUGACUCAAGUCAACUGGUGGCUCCCAUCCAUCUUGUUCCUGACCAGGAUGCAAGGUAGCUUCAGGGUAAAAAUCCUCGUCUCCUCGAGAGUACGAGUCGGGAGUAUUUGGAAUUGGUAGAACUGACUUUACCAGGUGUAUCCGGCCCAAUUCUGUUCUGCGCUUUAACAAGAUGUUUCUGUCUGUAUUGUUUUGGACCACGACGGCCACGUGACUAGAGGUUCCCGGGGUUAUUUUAGUAAGUUCCUCGCCCAAUUCCAGUCCGUCUGGGAGCUCGCUGUCUUCCUUGGGCUCAAAUAUUACUGGCAUCCCCUCUGGAACUGGUCCGAGGUGAGUUUGACACUUAACUGUCGUUGCCUCUCCUUUUGGCAGCAUAACAUCUCUCUUUCCGACUUUAACAGCUGCAGUACCGGUAUCCUGUGUUCUUGACUGGAUCAGAUUGAUCAGGGUACCUACGCGAGUAUGAUGAAUUGAAGGGAAUGACUGCUGAAUGAUGUUACUUGCCGCUUGGUGGUUUCCACCAUGUUGAGCGAGGACUUCUUCUAUAACAUUGAAGCCAAUGAUUGGGUACUCUUGUUCCUUUUGUCCCACCAGUACUGGAACUGUCAGCUCAUGAGCAGUUGUAUCAUCUCCAGCCAACUUAAACCCGACCUCAAUCCAACCGUCAAAUGGAAUGUUUGUCCCAUUCAUCGCUUCCAAAUUCAACUCUUCUCCUGCUCCCAACAACUCUUCAACAUUUCUUAACACCUCCAGCGGUAAGUGAGUUUGUUGCCACUUCCUUGACACAACACAAACCUGGGAACCUGUAUCCCAUAAUGCCUCCACUUCCUUUCCUUGAAUUAGGCAUUUUACCACGCACCUCCGUCCCACGAUUUUUGUCAGUCCGAGCUGCUGUCUUGGCGUCAGGUGGCAGGGAAACGUCGUGUUCAAAUCAUCGCCAUCAUCUCCGGCUGCUUUCUGUUUCUCAAGUUCCUGUAUAGCCAUGCAAACUGGUUUAUGCACAGUUCUGUAUUUUACUUGACAUUCUUUUGAAUAAUAUCUAUUGAUCUUACAGGCUCCGCAGCGGUUAAGUGGUACAUGGUCUGUGCUUUGUUUUCCACACUGCACGUAACGGGACUGAUUUUCUUGCCUGGUCACACCCUGUCCCAUGGGCGUGACCUCUGGCCGUUUCCCUGAGAUUCUGCCGGAGAGCGUCGGCUGAAUUGGGCAUUACACUCGCGUACAUAAUGGCCACUCGCCCCACACCUGAAGCAAUGGUUGCACGGCCAUCCAUUCCCACUUUGUUGGCAGGUCCUACACAGUGGGGGUUGUCUCAUAGGCUGUUGUGUGAGGGGGGUUUGAGCCCGGAGUGGGGCCCGAACUCUCUCUUUGACUGCGGCCACUUCUGCCUUGAGCUCCCUUAGUUCUUUCAUGAGACCUUCCUCCACCCCAUUAUUCUUUGUCUCCUGCUUGUCCCUCCCUUUUGAACAGCAUUUACCUUGGGGUUAGCUGUGAACCGAAUUUCUGUGAUCGCUCCAGUUCGUCACUGAAACACACAUUUAAUUUCUCGAAUAGUUCUUCAUCGCUUAUAAAUUUCUUUUUCCAAGUAAGGCUUCAUUUCGAUCUUGAUAUUCUCACUUUGCAGGCCAAGGGAAAAGCUAUGGACAAACAUGCCAUGUACUAAGGUAGGAUCAUAUUUCAGGUCCGAGUCAGUUUCUUGAGAUGCAAACAAGAUCUUCUGUUUCAAAUCGAGAAGGCGGAUCAAGAAUUCUUGAGGUUUUUCCUUUGGCUGUUGUACAGUUGAGCUCAACUGAUGAUAUAGUUCGGUUGCUGUUCUCUCCUGAUAAUGAGAACGCAUAAUUCUCCUCAAUUUGGCCAGUGUUAAAUCUACCUUACCCUCCAAAUAACUUCUUAGGCUUAACGCCGGAUUUAUCGCUUUUAUCACAGCCUCUUUAAUUUCAUCCUCUGUAUAGUCGUUCUUUAAACCAUUCUCAAUUUGAUGCACUAGCGAGGAAAAACUCAAACGAUCCUUCUGCGACACGUCGCCAAUCUGGCCCGAAAUCUUGAAGUCGCGUUUGAAUUUUGAAAUUGACACCACGGGAUUUUGCUCUAUUUUGACGGUCGCUUUACUAUUUUCAGAAGCUUUCGGCGGUUCCGUUUUCUGUUCCGGUACAAAUUUUCCCUGCAUACUUAGAGACGACGACAACACUUUGAGCUUCUCAUUAUCUAAUUCUUCCGUUUCGAGGUAUUUAUUUAGAGCUCGGAUAAAAACCAACCUUCCCUUGCUCUCAGGCGGUACAGUAAUGUUCAGCCCACUACAAACUUCUUUAAGCCUUUCCUCGCUCAAGGAACACAACGCGGCCUGAAUUUCGAUCUGCAGACUCUCGGUAUCCAUCAUACUUCCAAAAAUAAUCUUUCGUACUCACCAAUAGUGCAAUCAGCCGUUCACAAAAGAAAUGCGACACUUUACGUCAAGAUCAGUCCGCCGUCGACAGCAAUCGACCACAACCAACUCGCGCUCGACGAAUCAACCAAGCGUGCCAAUUACUUUGUCCUUCACAACCCAAGGCAGUUCUUCGUCGAUGAUAAGCCUCUUCGGUCGAGUCCUGGCAGGGUCGCCAAUGUUACACACUCAAAUCACCAGAUUAAUUAAACACAAGGUUGUAUUUAUUCGAAAACUCCGAGCACAUGCUUUUCUGUUUUUUUUCCCGACACCCUUUGUGGUUCAUGAACUCAACAAAACAUGUCACGCACUCUACAUAUAUAGUCAUAUAUUAAAUAGCAAAUAUAAUUUUGUCACCUGAAAACUGUUGUUUGUUUUCUAAUCAAGUGCUCAAAUGCAACAAUAACGCUUAUUAAUUUUUCAUAACACAGUUGAGUGUAGUUUUAUAGUUCCACAUUGCAUAUAAUCAAAGCCAUACAAUAACCAGGCACGAUAGUUGACUUCUGAAACAGGUUCAUAUCCAGUGAUUCAAGUUGUAGCUCUCACUCCUGACAGGAGAUAAACAAGAAAUUUUUCAUUUCAGGGAAACCUGUUUAUUCCCCAGGGCCUGGUUGUUCAAAGAUUGGAUAACGUUAUACACCCGAUAAAUCACUAUCCAGCAUAUGUGUGUUUUCCUUUCGCGAGUAGCAGCAGUUGCAGCAGGCUGAAUAUUGCCUGUAGCCCUGCAUCAUAAAUUAGGAAAAAAAAAACAGUUUCAUGGACUGAUUGAUCAUUUGAAUGACUGAUUGUUUCAUUAUUUGAUUGAUUGAUUCAUUUAUUUGUUUACAUUUGUUUACUCAGUCAGUCUUUAUUUCUCAAAACAUAAUAUUUUGUCCUUCACAAAAUAAGCAAGACCAAAAAGGGCAUUUCCCUCUAACCAGAACAGGUUGGAGGACAGAAAACUGUUUCUUUCUGCUUUCUGGAAUGGAACUUUUCAAUGGCCUCUUCCUUUUUUCUUUGCUUUGUAGCAUACUGUGCAAAGCUUGAGGGGUCUCCCUGCCCAACUCCUCUUUCACAGCCCCUUAGCUUCCCUCGACGAUGAGAUUAGUGUUUCGUGGAUUUCAGCCACAUACUCUGAAAACAAAGUGACUCAAACAGCUCUCAUCUAUUAAAUUUGAUGAGAUAGGUCCAUCUAUCUACACACCAGGUAAUUUAGUGUUAACAACUGAGUUGAAAACGUAAAUUAGCCACCGUAAAGGGUAAAAAAGCUGACGUUUCGAGCGUUAGCCCUUCGUCAGAGCGAUUGACGACGGGCUAACGCUCGAAACGCCAGCUUUUUUACCCUUUACGGUGGCUAAUUUACGUUUUCAACCCAGUUGUUAACACUAAAUUACCUGUUAUACUCUCCCACCGACGCAGCACCACAGUUUCUUUAGAAACUUACCCCUUUAUUCAUUUAUCUACACACCAGUCACAUUCUGCAACAAAAAUGUGUUUUAUUUCAUCAAAGAAAAUAUUGAUCUUGAAAGUAUGACGCUGAAGUCAUUUAGCCAGUUGGUGAGAAAUCUACUUGUAAGGGAAGUAUGAAUAUUAUCAAAAGGCAGAAGAUGUAAGCUUAAAAGCAGGAUAUAGAUUUUUUUUUCAGUGGAAAAGCUUCGGCUGGCAACAGCUACAUUGUAAAUAACUUGUUUGGUGUAAUUGUCACCAUAGGCAAGAAACCCAUUGAAGUAUCUGAUGCAGCUACCCGGGGAAUUCAGUUUGCAAACAAAAAUGCUUUCUCAGUAUUGUUCAAUAUAAGUUUCAUCUAUAAACACUAGGAAAACUUACAUUGUCACCAUCAACACCGUCAACAACAAAUACGGAUGACGUAGGGCCAGCCAUCGGUGGAGUGUUACUGCGCAAGAAACUCUUAAGAGACAGAUGUAUAGUUAACAAACAGUUUGCAUGCACUGGUAUAUAAAAUACAAAUAUUAUUUAGUGACAUGAAUUCAAAAUGAUCCUCGUUAGAUCUGGAGCCUUACUUGGAGCCGGACUGUAAUCGUCUUUAUCUAUGAUAAUUACAGAAGCAUAGUUCAAAUGAUCUCCCAGUUCUUUUUUAUCAACAGACUAUGUCUUGUUCCCAAUAGGGGAAAGUAAGUCAUUGAUCUCCUAAGUGAGAAAAAAAAAUACCGUGAAUUUUAAAAUGUAACACGAAAUGAAGUGUAAUAGUGAAGUACACUUGCAAAACAAGGACAAAGUUUUUUUUUUUUUUUUUUCUUCAACCUCGCGAUUCUUGAGCAAUACAUCGGUUCAACCUUAUCCACCAAUUUUUCCCCUAAAGAUAUCGAAUUCGUUAGACCUACUGCCUAUUUCCUAAAUUCUGGCAUGCAUCAGCCCUGUAUCAUUUUUCACUCGUGGCAUUUGAAAAAUACAUGCGUGUAUUAGCGUUUCAAGCAAAAGCUUACUUUAGAAGACACCUUUUGGGGAGAAGUAUUUCAGAGAGGAUAACAUACAUUGAUCAAAAAUUCCACGUUAAAUCUCACGUUUCUACUCGCAGACGUAUUUGACAUCUAAACUACUCUUCAUUGUUUUACUUCCCAGCUAUUUGUUAAAAAGACGAUGAUGAUUUCGGUCAGUCGGCUACGAAGAACUGUCGCCUUGAGCAUGCUCCUUUUUAACAUCAGUGGAACAACGGGAUAUCCUACGGGAAUUGAAAUUGUAAAUGCAUCAUUCUGUGGUGAGCGUCUCUCUUUUGAUUUAUUUUUAAUCCUCUUUAAAAGGUAUUCCGCUCUCAAAAGCUGCUCAGGAAUAAUUACAGAAUGUUACUAGAAAUCGAAUGGGAAGUGAAAAAUGAGAAUUCUUCAAAGAAAAAAAAAGAAAUGCUAAUUUGCUUUCUUACAGCUACCUGGAAAGACUUGUAUAUUUUGCUGAACUAGAAUGAGAUUUUAGAUGUGAAAUUCAUGCCAUUCAUGAGUUGAUAAAUGAAGAAAGAGGAAUUACGCGCUACGAGGAAGAUUCCCUUCUCGAUUAAUCAACUACUUUGGAGGCCUUCAAUGAUCUUUCCAAUUUCCAAUUUUUCUGUUUGUAUUCCUCAUUUCUGAUUUCCGAUUCCUGGGUUUGACAAUUCGUUCUCCACUCUUAAUCGUUUAUCCUCGAUUCCAAAUGAUUUUCUUUUCACUUUCCAUUACCCCCCGCCCUCCUUAUUUCAAUAAACCAGCUGCCGAUAAGACCAUUCAUUUUUUGAAAAAGUCCACAUUUUUUCCGAACAAAAUGGGAAGAGCCAGGCCAUUGUAAUGUUCUAUACAAUUCUGUUUGUUCUGUUUGUGGGCCAGGAAAUACGUUAUAUUAGAAAGACAGGGACUGAAGGACAAGUCAUUAUUUAUUGCUUGUUGGGGGGCUGGCUAGUAUUUACCUGAUCCCCCUUCAAGGCUCUAUAAUAUUCCUACGGUCUCUUCUCAUUGGCAGUUAAUCGGAGGUUAAUUUUCUGCAGUCCCCCUUUUACACACCUUUAUACACCUUUAGUGACAACUGAUCCCCAUCCCCUCCCAUGUGAUCCCGCUCAAAAUCUUCCACUCCAGGCCCAAAAGUAUGGAGAAAUAAGAAUCAUAUCGGCCGUUUAAUAACUAGUGACUGAACAGUAAAUUGUGCUUGUUUCCCUGUAGUCUAAGGUUUUAAAAACUUUUAGCAAUUAUUUAUUUUUGUGCGGGGUUUCCCAAAGCGUCAAAAUAGCAUUGAAAUUCAAGCUUUAUUGUUCCAUUCUUUUUAGGAAAGUAUGAUAAGCCUCCAACGUUUAAAGUUUCGCAUUGGCCUUUCAUUCCCACUGGUGUUCUUGUCAAAUUGAGUGUAACAUUUACACCUGGUAAGUUGAUAUCAAUCGAAUACGGAGGAGUUAUUAUAUUUUAAUAAUUUUGAUAUCGAAUAUGAUAUUGUAAACACUGGGAGGGAGGAGAGAGGAGAGGCUUAUGAAAUUCCAAGGCUUCGGGGGAAUCAGAGGAGAAGCUUUUCGGAGGUGGGGAGGGUCUUUGAUCUAAUUUUUAUUUUCCGGCUGAAAACUUUCGACAUUCAGAAUGUGAAACAAUGGAGUACUUCAAUUACAACUUUUUUUCGGAAAUGAAAGUGUGCUUUGGGGAAGGAGGGGAAAGAAUCGCUCAGGGGAGGGCCUUAGUAGACUAGUUGGAAGGGAGGGGAGGGUUCUACUAGAAACGUGAAAGUCCACAUGGUAAAUUUAUAAGAAACAGAGGGAAGGGGCCCGGCGGCCAAGAGAGACGGGCUGUUGCAAAUUCAUAGAAUAUAGAAAAAUAAAAAAAAAUAAUGAUAAAAUAAGAAAUUGCAAAUCCUACCAGCAUGUAAGACAUGUAAGACUAACGCAUAUCUCGUUUGAACCUACUGUAGGGUCCAAUCAAGUUGUUUUUCAUAGAACACUCCAAGAUUUGAUCCUUUUGGUGGUGGGGGUAAUCAGAUUUUCUUUUGGAAUUACACUCGUGACAAAAACUUUUAAUAUUCUUCUUUGGUCAACGACCAAACCAUUAAUCUAACCCCUUUCUUAUCCAGUUGACUGUAGGUGGAUACUAUGAAGAUCCAGGAUUUGAGAAUAGAAGAUUUGGGUUAUCGCUGAGAGCGAUCGCCAGCAAGGGGUUCUAGGGAAAAUUUGGUUUUCAAGACCUCGGGAAAACACCCCUCGAUGCACAACAGAUGUAGCUCAUGUUGUAUCACUUCCUUUACACAAGGUUCUCCUAGCCGCUUUCUAACCGAUACUUGCUUCUAAUAGUGGUGAAUGUUUUGGAGGCGAUCUUGCAAUACGAAUUGGUCUCAGCAGACGGUGAGGUUGUUUUCAGGAACAGAUACGACCGUGUAUGCAUUUCUUCCCCAGAUCUGUGCAGCUUACCUGCUGGUGGUAAGUCUCCAAAAGAGAGUGAAAACAAACAAAAAACAAAACAACAAAACAAAACAACAACAAAAACAACAACAACAAAAAAGAAUUAAAACGGGAAGAGAAAAAAAAACGGGAAGGGGACUAGGAGAAACUUUUGCACACAUGGGUCUUCUUACCUUUUCAAAUAUUUCCAAAGCUUACCGAGUACUCCGGUCAAAAGAUCGAAACUAUAGGUUCUGCUCUUUAAAAAUUCCAGCCUAAAACCAAGGAGGCUUUUUCCAUCAACUGGGAAAAACUCAUUAAUCAUUUCAGUUAAAUAGUCAAUGAUGUCAACCUCACACUUUUGCUUUAAUAGCCGUUUAUGGAGGUUCGUUUUCUCCUAUAUUCCUGUCAUCAUAGUUAUGCACAUCUGUCGAGAUUAGUAUUAAUUCAAAUGGUUUCUUUUUUCAAAUAGUUUUUCAACCGAAGAAGGCGCGAGCUGAGACACAUCGAGGCGUGUUUGAGAAAUUAAAAAUGUUUACAAUCUCUCCAAAUUGCUCUCUUGACCAUCUCGAACAGGCAGCUUCGAAUGCAAAAACAGAGAAAAAAAAUACAAAAAAAUGGCAAUAAAAUAUUCAGGCAAUCUGUUAUCACUGAUUACUGUAUCGAUCUUAUAUAUUGCUCUUGGCGGUGUCUCCCAUUAUGACUGACCUUAACUGAUUUUUGUUAUUGUAUUUUAUUUUUAUUUUUGUCUUCUAGAAACCAAGGUGUGGGUUGGAUCUGCAAAGUUGCCGCCCAUUCCUCCAUUUUUUAAGGUAAUCAACCAAUUGACGCAGCUCUGUCAGCCCACCGGUCUCAGUGCUUGCGAUUCCUUUCUAACAGCUGCGACUGCAUUUCAGUCUUUUCUCCCUCGCUAAAUUUCUUCUGGUUUGUUACUCAUAACGUUGUAGUUUUCGUCCUUUCCGUUAUGAUGUUUAUGCACCUUACAAGCGCUUGUACAUUUUUCAACGAAAUUGAAGCCGAACUCUCCCGUAAGCACUCAUCCUAUUGGCUCCAAAAUCAGCUCUUCUAAGGUUUUAAAAUUCAUUGGCCACCAUCCAGGCCUAAGAAUAUACCAAUAAAUUGGUUUUAUAAAGUGAGUCAAACCUGCGAAUGAGCUUCCGUGAAGAGUUUCUAAAGCUGACAUUUUAAGCGUCAGCCUAUCUCUCUGAGUAACGACUAACGCUUGAAACAUCGGCUAUGAAAACUCUUUACUGUGGCCAGCUUACAUCAUCAAAUCUUUUGUUAAAACCAAAUAAUCCUGUUAACCUCUCCCCCCACCGACAAAGCGCUAUAAUUUCUUUGGAAACUUACACUCAUCAUUUCAAUGAUUUCCAGUCGAGCAUUUUGUAAUCUUUUUUUAGAAAUUUUUGUAGGCUCAUUUCAGUAGCCAUUCUCUGCCAUUCUCUCUUCAUCACAUUGACCGCGCGCUUUGACGAAAUAAUAAUGAUGGUGAUGAUCAUUAUAAUUACGAUUACGGUGAUUUUUGUCACUGCGUGUCCUAGUUGGAUCUGCUCUUUUCGAGGAACAAGAGAGAGUCGUUGAUAAAUACAUGCGUUGACAUUCUACGUUUUAAGACAUUCUGCUUUCAUUCUAUUCUUCAAUCUAUUAUAGAAACGAACCUAUAAGGGAAGAGUUCAACUUUUCAAUGAAAAGAACAUAAUGUUUCUCUGUGGUGAAGUUGUUGGAAAGGUACGCUAGAAGACGAACACGAGUCAAGACUCAAGUGAAAGACAAGAAGUAAGGGGGAAAGUAAUUCGCUUAAGCAGGGGAAGACAUUUAAAAAGUCGUCUUGCAAUCGCUGAUAUUGUAAAACAAGGUUUCAAAAUCUAACGAC